UCACUGCUGCUGGUGGCCGCUCACACCUCGGCCGGCAAAACCGCGGUGGCCGAGUACGCCAUGGGGCUGGCCCGGCGCCACAUGACACGGUCCAUCUACACCUCCCCCAUCAAGGCUUUGUCCAAGCAGAAGUUUGGGGAUUUCCGCGACACCUUCGGGGACGUGGGGCUGCUGACGGGGGACGUGCGGCUGCGCCCCGAGGCCGCGUGGCUGGUCGAUGCUGUCCAACGGCUCCGACGCCAUCCGGGACCUGGAGUGGGUGAUCUUCGACGAGGUUCACUGCGUCAACGACGAUGAGUCGCACCAAGCGUCGCUGUGUCCGUGUUCUGAGCACCCCGCGCCGCCCGGUGCCGCUGGAGCAUUUCCUGUUCACCGGGAACAGCGCCCGGAACCGGCACCAGCUGUUCCAGCUGCUGGGCCCAGGGGGGGCCUUCAGCACCCAGGGGUACUACGCGGCGGUGGGGGCCAAGAAGGAGCAGAGCAGCAAACACGCGCAGAGCUUCGGGGCACGGCAGCCCACCAUGGGAGCCCCCAACCCUGGGCAGACCCUCCGUGAGCGGGAGCUGCUCCCGGCCGUCACCUUCACCUUCUCCCGUGGCCGCUGCGAGGAGCAGGCGGCCGCCCUGGGCUCCCUGGAGCUGCUGAGCGGCGCCGAGCGCGCCCAGGUCCGGCACUUCCUGACGCGCUGCCUGGCCCGGCUGCGCGGCUCCGACCGGCGCCUGCCACAGGUGCUGCAGCUGUCGGAGCUGCUGCAGCGCGGCAUCGGCGUCCACCACGGCGGGGUCCUGCCACUGCUCAAGGAGGUGGUGGAGAUGCUCUUCAGCCAGGGGCUGGUGAAGGUGCUGUUUGCCACCGAGACCUUCGCCAUGGGGGUGAACAUGCCGGCGAGGACCGUCGUCUUCGACUCCAUCCGCAAACACGACGGGAAUGGCUUCCGGGAUCUCCUGCCCGGCGAGUACACGCAGAUGUCGGGGCGCGCCGGCCGCCGCGGGCUGGACACCACCGGCACCGUCAUCAUCCUCUGCAAGGGAGCCGUGCCCGAGCUGUCGGAUCGGCACCGCAUGAUGCUGUGUCACUGCCAUGUUCCCACCGUGUCCCCCGAUGGCUUCGGCUCCCAACGGUCGCUCCCCGGCGCUGGGUCCAGAGCGGCCCGAGGAGGGGAUGCUCUGUGUGCCGGAACGGUGAGAGAGGCAGGGUUCCUGGACGAGGUGACCCAGGACAGCUUCGUGCUGGGCCCGGGCUACGACCGCCCCUAG